AGCCGCUGAAGACAACAAGCGAGAGUCAGUCAUUAAACUGCCCGGGUGGAUGCUGUCAAAUCUCAUCGACCGGCGGAAGCAUAUCUUGAAUGAACCCUCUUUAAGUUCUCUGUUUUUAGGGAGAAGAAAAGAAGCAGAGUAGUGGAGCUGACUGAGAAGUUAGUGAUGAAUUGGAUGGUGGUGGAUGGAGGCAACGGCCUUGCCGCCUGCGAGUGGGAGGGUCGAUGGAACCAUCUCAAAAAGUUUCUGGAAAGGUCGGGGCCUUUCACGCAUCCUGACUUUGAACCGAGCACAGAGUCACUGCAGUUCAUGUUAGAAACCUGCAAAAUCCUGGUGAUCGGCGCUGGCGGUCUGGGAUGUGAGCUGCUGAAAGACCUGGCUUUAUCAGGGAUUCGCAACAUCAACGUCGUUGACAUGGACACCAUUGAUGUUUCUAACCUAAAUCGACAGUUCCUUUUCAGGCCAAAAGAUGUAGGUCGACCCAAGGCGGAUGUUGCAGCGGAUUUUAUCAACAGCCGAGUGCCUGGAUGUUGCGUGGUGCCACAUUUUAAGAAAAUUCAAGACCUAGAUGAAACAUUCUACAGACAAUUCCACAUAAUUGUCUGUGGACUGGACUCUGUAGUUGCCCGGAGGUGGAUGAACGGUAUGCUGCUGUCUCUGCUGGUGUAUGAGGACGGUAUCUUGGAUCCAGGUUCCAUUAUUCCUUUGAUUGAUGGAGGGACUGAAGGCUUUAAAGGCAACGCCAGAGUCAUUCUCCCUGGCAUGACAGCCUGCAUCGACUGCACCCUUGAGCUUUAUCCUCCUCAGAUCAACUUCCCCAUGUGUACAAUCGCCUCCAUGCCUCGUUUGCCUGAACACUGCAUUGAGUAUGUCCGGAUGCUGCUGUGGCCCAAAGAGACACCGUUUGGAGAUUGUGUGGCCCUGGAUGGAGACGACCCAGAGCACAUCCAGUGGGCGUACCAGAGAUCUCUGGAGAGGGCAGCGGAGUUUAACAUUACAGGGGUCACUUACAGACUAACACAGGGUGUCGUUAAGAGGAUAAUCCCUGCUGUAGCGUCUACAAAUGCUGUAAUUGCUGCUGCCUGUGCAACGGAGGUUUUCAAGAUAGCAUCGAGUGCCUAUAUACCUCUGAACAACUACAUGGUCUUCAAUGAUGUUGAGGGCCUGUACACAUACACUUUUGAGGCGGAACGGAAGGAAAACUGUUCAGCCUGCAGCCAAGUACCUCUAGACUUGCACUUCGCUCCAUCUUCCAAACUCCAGGAGGUGCUUGACUACCUCACGGAAAGUGCUUCCCUACAAAUGAAAUCACCUGCUGUAACAGCGACAGUGGAAGGAAAGAACAAGACAUUAUAUUUACAGUCUGUCGCUUCAAUUGAACAGAGGACACGACCAAAUCUCUCCAAAACUCUGAAGGAGCUGGGGCUGAUGGACGGACAAGAGCUGGCUGUAGCAGAUGUCACCACACCCCAGACCAUGUUGUUCAGACUCUACUUUACCUCAUAGGAUGAAAUCGAGCACUACCACAACCUGUUGAUGUCAUUCUUGUUUCUUGGCCAACCCUGACUGGAUGCAAAAUAUUUAAAAUGGUCUAAAAACUGGAGCAGUUUACAGUUUACUCAGUCACAGUAUGAAUAAUAAUUCUAUUGUUUCAAUGUACUUAAUGUCUAAAUUUAAUGUUUUUGCACUGAAAAGCCAAAUUAUUUCACACCUCUUCAUGUUUUGGUGAUACAUUGUCUGCGAGUGUUGAGGAUUUUCUGCAUUAAUGUGUUAUUUGCACUACAACCGAAAGUGUUCUUUGUGCAAACAAAGACACAAGCAGUGGUUAGUCUGGAAAAGAUGAUUCUGUACUUGUCCAGGUUUUGAGUAUUUAAAAUAUUUAUUUAUUCCAGCACCGUUCUUUUAGUUGCAGUUACCACUGAAGUGGCAACAAACUGACAUCGGAUGACGUGCGAACUGAAAUAAAAUGUUUUCCUUUUCUUACAAAACACAA